UAUCUCAGUGUUUUAGCCACCACCCCCAACAAGGAAGAAGUCGACAAAGGAAAGAUACAUUGAUGAAAUGCACAAAACGGACCCAGAUAGACACGAAAAUAAAUUGUAACAAGAAUCAGCUAACAUUGUUUACCUAAUGAAUUAAUGCAUCAAGAAACCAAGAAGAAUCACUGCGUGCCACGUGUCCAAUGAUUCGACUGCAUUCAUUUCUGGAGGAGUGGGCUACCCAAAUCUCAAUCUGGACAUUUUAUUAACAAUGUUCUGCAAUGUAACGAUGCAUUAAUUCAGACUUCUAAUUCCAACAUCGAGGCUACUGUACAUCAUUCCAAAAAUAAGCAAUGGGGCAUCCUCCUCUUGAGUUCAGCGACUGCUAUGAGGACAGUCCGGAUUUUAGAGAAAGACUAAAAUGCUAUGAAUUAGAAUUGGAAAGAACAAGCAAAUUUCUCAAAGAUGUAAUCAAAGAUGGCAACAGUGUAAUCAAUGCAAUCAAGGGUUAUUCAGUGGCAGUGCAGAAGUUCUCCCAGACACUCAGUGUGUUCCAGUUCGACUUCAUUGGUGAUUCUCUGACAGAUGAUGAGAUAAACAUUGCGGAAUCUUUCCAGGAGUUUGCUGGUCUCCUACAGGAAGUGGAGGAUGACAGGAUAAUGCUGGUUCAGAAUGCUUGUGAUCUGCUUAUCAAGCCACUGGAGAAGUUUCGCAAGGAGCAAAUAGGAGUGACAAAGGAAACAAGGAAGAAGUUUGAGAAAGAGAGUGAAAAAUAUUACUCUCAGUUAGAUAAACAUCUGAAUUUGUCUGCUAAGAAGAAGGAAACUCAGCUGCAGGAGGCUGACGAGCUGCUGGACAAAGAGAGGCUGAACUUCUAUGAGUCGUCAGUGGAGUAUGUGUACCAGAUCCAGCAGGUGCAGGACAGGAAGAAGUUUGAUGUGGUGGAGCCUGUGCUGGCAUUUCUUCACAGUAUCCUAACACUCAACAGCCUGACGGUGGAGAUGACUCAGGACUUCAUGCCCUAUAAGCAGGAGUUGCAGCUCAGCUUGCAGAAUACGCGGAACCACUUUGAGAGCACUCGUGAGGAGAUUGAGGAGCUGAUGAAGAGAAUGAAGCAUCCAACCCAGAUCGGCAAAAUGCACAGCCAGCCAAUCAUUGAGGGCUACUUGUACUCUCAGGAGAAGUGGGCCUUGGGUGUGUCAUGGGUGAAGUACUACUGUAAGUAUCACAAAGACAGUAAGCUGUUUGUCAUGGUUCCUGCUGAACCAAAACCUGCAACCAAACAGGGCCCCACAGAGCUGAAACUUAAAUCCUGCUUCCGCCGAAAGACAGAGUCCAUAGACAAGCGCUUCUGCUUUGAUAUUGAAACUUAUGAGAGAAACACACCUGUCACACUCCAGGCUGUUUCAGAGGCCAACAGGAAGUUGUGGAUGGAGGCCAUGUACGGAAAAGAGCCUAUUUAUCAUUCCCCAAUUCACAAGCAAGCUGAAAUGGAAUUGAAUGAAGUUGGAUUCAAGUUUGUGAGAAAAUGCAUAAACUUCGUUGAAACUAAAGGACUCACACAAGAAGGAGUGUACAGAACUGUUGGCAGCAACAUCCAAGUGCAGAAGCUUUUAAAUGUAUUUUUUGACCAGAAAUGCCCAGGAGAUGUGGAUUUCUACAGCAGUGACUUGGACAUAAAAACCAUCACCAGUGCAAUGAAGUUUUAUCUCAGGAGCCUAACAGAGCCUUUGAUGACCUACGGUCUCAACAGGGACCUCAUCUUAGCAGCAAAAUCUGAUAAUCUAGCUGAUCGACUGGGUGCAAUCCACUGCCUGACGUACAAACUCCCAGAGAAGAAUCGAGAAAUGCUAAGCCUACUGAUCCAACACCUGGUCAAUGUCUGCGGUAACAGUGGGGACAACCUGAUGACUCCCUCCAACAUGGGCGUGAUCUUCGGCCCCACCCUGAUGAGGGCAGAAGAGGAGACUGUGGCAGCCAUGUUGGAUAUAAAGUUCCAGAACAUUGUUGUUGAGAUUCUCAUUGAGGACUACACCAAGAUAUUCUGCAGUGCACCAGAGAAGAGUUCCACAGCCCCACCAAUGCCUCCUCCAAGGUUCACCCCAAGGAAACGGCAACCAAUCACCAUCUCCAAGCGUCCGGCCCGCGUCUACCUAGCAGUUAAUUAUGGCCAGGUCCAGAACACUGAGAAUGAGCAGAAUGGCAGCAGACCAGAGGGGGUGAAUUUUGGCGGGGACACCCCAACGAGCCCCACACCUAUCCAGAGGACCAAACCCAUUACCGCCCCUCCACGGCUCCAUAGGGACCCUCCUCAGAGUAAGGCCCUCCUGCCCAAGCCAUCAACCCGCCAGGACAGACACUCAGACUCUGACGUUGCCAAACUGGUCGCUAAGCUACAGGGCGGAAGUCAGAGGCCAGAUACAGCAGCAACAGCCAAUGGAGAGACAGGAGUCACUGUAAAGCGAGCGCAGUCCUUCCAAGGCAGGAGACCAACUCCUCGAAGUGUUGCAGUCAUCAGAGAAGCAGAAAGUGACGGCGUGAUCAAAACGAGGUCUCCGGCUGAGAAGCCUGCCAUCUGCAGACCUCCAACCAGACCCCCUGACCCGCCUAGCCGAUACCCUGCACCCCAUAAGAGCCCCACUGCAGCCCCCAGCGAGGACACCCCAGUGUCGUACGUUGCUUCCAAAGCCAAGUUUUUUGAGAAUGCUUCAAGGCAAUUUGGAAGCUCAUCGGUCUCACCUCCAGCAUCUACUUUACUCAAUGUGAAAGAGGAGAAUUUAAGUUGAUGAGUCUGUUACCAUGGCCUCUACUCCUGUCACUGACCUGUGGAACUUCAGUGAGUAUCUGGACACAUACUGUACUGUAGUGGAACAAAGGAAACAGAGUGCUCUCAGAAUGACAGCACUUUUGUCCUGUCAGUGGACACCCUCAUGCUUGUUGCUAUAAGGGACCCAAUUAACAUGUUGUUUAAUUUGUGAUAAAGGAGCUCCAGUAUAGAUAUAAAAAAUGAUCUGUUUAUUAAAGGAUGCCUUUAUUUGUCUCUGUCUGAUCCAAAUCUUUUGAGAUUUUGGCAGCUGGAUCAAUAUUUAUACAUUAUAUGGGAUCAACUCUAUAAUGAGGUAAUGUUAACAAAAUGAAUCCUGGUCGAAGCGGCUAGUUCCAGUAUCCAGUUAUUUGACUUUCAAACUGCUCGAAAACAAGCUACUUUAGCUACCUGAUACCAUUUGGAAUUCACAUACAUGUAGGCUAUAUUGUAGUACCCUACUGUAACAGGUUGAAGUGAAAGCAAGUGACUCGGCUGUAGCGCAAUAUUGUUAACUACUGUAGUGUCUUAAAGCAAAACUGAGAACAAAAGGUGCAGAUUCUAAGUCUCAGUUGAGUUAUAUGAUAUAACUGUUGAGUCUACUCCUUCUGUUCAUGAUGACCUUUGAUGAAUUGAAACAGACCACAGGAAUUCUGAUGUGCUGAAUAACAUAAUUAAUUUGGUUAAGCUUAAGGUUAAAGUCCUACUAUACCAACCAUGAAAGCAAAUAAUGAUAAGUAACAAAUAAUGAUCCACUCUCUGUCACACUUUGUUAGAUGUAUUUCACUUUUAGAGAGAAAGUGUCUCUGACAAAAAAAUCACAACCAUUCCCAUGUUCUUAAGAACCCUUAAAGCUGGAAUCCGUAAAUUCGUAGCGGUGAAACUGCCAUGUCCAUUUGCGAUAUUACAACAACAACAACACUACUUCAAACAACCCACACUGUUUUUUUCCCUUGGACAUAAUUGCACACGCAAUAGAACAGCAGAGUAUGUACUACGAAUUGUUUUUUACCAUGAUGCUGGAUGCUACUCUCCUCCUCUUCAUAAACAAAACAAAAACAAAUAAGAAAUGCGCCUGGGGGCGACCAUUGAUGCUGUUUCACCUUAUGCGGAUCUCAGCUUUAAGAACUCUUAACCAAAUUAUUUUGGAUAGUGGAAGCCAAAUUACCACUGGUUUAUUUGAAUGAUCAGUAGUCCUAGUUUUUGCCAUUGUUAUUUUGUUGAAACCGUUUGUUGGCAUCCCGCCAUUUCCAUUUGGGUACUGUCAUUCAUACAACACUCCAACAUUAAUGUUUACUUUGGUCCUACUUAUGUAGUGUCACGUAUGUAGUGUUACUAAGACCAUCAUUUACAUAGUAAUUACAUUGGUAGGUACUGUACAGUGUACCUAGUGUGGGUACACAACCUACAUAGUACCAGCAACUGUUAUACUGGUUUGUGGCUUGCACCGUUUCAAAGACUUGCAAGUUAAUUCACAAUGGAGAUUACGGUGUCAUUUUAAGAACUAAUUAUAUUAUGAGGGGAGGUUUAUGCAAAGCAAAUAUGUAUAAAAAUGUCAACGUGUGAUUAAGCCACAAACGCGUAUCACAGUUGUGAGGACUGUAAUUGACCUACCUGUAAUUACCAUGUAAAUAAAUAACUUUAGCAACACUUACUAUGAAGGGAAACCAUUUUAUCUAACAUGUUUCUAACCACCUUUUUUUGCACUUUAAAAAAUAUAUAUUUUCUAUCUACAUUGGGAUAAAUUGUCUUUAUUGAUUAAUUUAAUUAAUUAAUUAAUGUUUCACUUGUUAAAUGUUGUGAAAAAUGUGAAUAAAUAUUUUAAGCAUUAAAGGGAAAUGCUAGGAAUCCUGGUUUGUGUGGAAGGUGAUGAACAUUUUAUUUUGUUGUCUUCAAUGAUUUCUGUCUUAGAAUAUUUUGUGAAAGAUUGACAGCGCAGUUAAGAUCUUAAAAUUGAGUCUCAACUCCCAUUUUAUUUCUGUGAACAUUUGGACGAUGUAUGUCUGACCUGCUUGAUCCUGUCUGUAAUUUUUUUUUACAGGAACAACAACUGUAUUCAUCAGUUUUUCUAUGAAAAUUGUAUCCUGUCAUUUCUUAACUAAUUUUCACAUUUUCCUUUUCUUUAUCCCUUGUAUGUAAGAGUUUUUCAAGAAACAUUCCACAUGUAGCAGCAUGGUUAAGGAAAACAUUGUGAAAAAUAAAGUAAAACAUUUUGUAAACUUUCCA